AUGGCUACUAUCUUGAAGAAAGUUGCAAUUAUCGGGGCCAGCGGCAAUAUUGGCAAGAUCAUUCUUGACAGUCUGGUUGUCUCAAACAAAUUUACCAUAACUGUGAUCUCCCGCAAGGAGAGUGAGGUAGUCUUCCCUCAAGGCGUCACAGUUCUCAAGACCGACUUCUCAGUCAGUGGUCUGGAGGCUGCCUUUCAGGGACAAGAUGCCGUGAUCUCGGCAGUGGGAGCUACUGCUUUCAAUGAACAGAAGGCACUAGUGGAUGCGGCAAUCGCCGCUGGGGUCCAGCGUUUCAUCCCCUCGGAGUUCUCAGCCAACAGCCAGAGUGAGGCUGUACUGCAGUUGCUGCCACUAUUUGGGCAGAAGAAUGACGUGAUCAAGUACCUGAAAAGUAAGGAAUCUUCGGGCUUGUCCUGGACUGGCAUUGCCACAUCGGGAUUGUUCGACUGGGGCCUUCGCAAUGGCUUCUUGGAAUUCGACAUUCCCAAUCGCACAGCUACGAUCUGGGAUGGCGGGGACAAAAGCUUCACUCUGACCAACGAAAAGCAGCUGGGCCAGUCGGUGGUAUCGGUCCUCGAAAAUCCAUGGGAGACUAGCAACCAGUACCUCUAUGUCGCUUCUGUGGAGACAACCCAGAGAGAAAUUGUCACGGCUCUGGAGAAGGUGACUGGGGCUAAAUGGACUAUCAAAGAUACCACCACGGAUGAGCAGGUUAGUGCCGCUGUCAAGAAGCUCACGGCCGGCGAUUUCAGCGGCGCUUUCGCACUGGUCCGGGCCACGUGUUUUGGUAACACGCCCGGCCUCCAUGCAAACUAUGUCCAGGAGGAGAAGCUUGCAAAUGGAAUGCUGGGGCUGGAGAUGGAAAGCGUCAUGGAUACUAUCAAGCGGCUGUAA